CCUUGAAUUCAUGCUGUUAUAGAGUAUGGAAUGAAUUACUCAUAAAAGAUUCCAAGUGCCAAAUUAUAAACAAGUGUAAACAUGAACUGCGUGUAGGAUACUGUACAUGUGGAAGUAAAUAUCAUUUUCCCUUACUUUUCAUAUAUACACUGAAGUAUACGUGAUGGGCAUUUUUGUGUGGCAACAGAUAAAAUAAGUAGUGCAGAAUUAUUUCGAUCAGAAUAUAUAAAUUAAACUAACAUUAUAGAAAUUUUAUGGGAUGAUCAUUUAAUAUGAUAAACGCAGGUAAUAACAGAAACGUAUUUUAAUAGUAAUACGUAUUUAUAUAGAAGAUUGAUUGUCUGAAGUUUGUGUUCAUACAGAAGCUUGCUGUCUGAAAAGAAGCUUGGUGUCUGAAAAGAAGCUUGGUUUCUGAAAAGAAGCUUGGUGUCUGAAAAGAAGCUUGGUUUCUGAAAAGAAACUUGAUGUCUGAGGAAGGAUGCUUUUCUAUCUGAGGAUUGUAGCAUGUAUGAUAUUACGGAUUCAAACGAUUUUAGACCCGAAACAUCCUCAAUGUAACCAUCGUGGAACGUUUGACCCGUGCGGCACGUGUAAAUGUGAACCUGAUUUCUAUGGAGACAUGUGCGAAUGCGAGGCCAAUUAUCGGUUUUCAGAUCGUGAUACAGCCAUGGCCGCAUGCACUGCCUCCGGUUCUUCGGAGCCGUGUAACGGGAGGGGUGAGUGUAAAUGUGGGUCAUGCGAGUGUUUUUCACGAGGAUCGAACAUAACUGAGAGUUAUUACGGACGGUAUUGUGAAUGUGACGACUUCUCAUGUCCAAAACAUGAAGGCAAAUUAUGUGGAGGUCACGGAAGCUGCUCGUGCGGGCGUUGCUCAUGUGAUACGAGAUAUAAAGGGGAUGCUUGUGAAAAGAUGUCGCUUGAAGGGAAAAGGAAUAUUUGCAAGAUGGCCUUUUCAUGUGAAGAGUGUUUAAAUAUGCCCUAUUCUUGCGGUUGGUACAAACACAUAGAUUUACCAAAUAACGUCAAGAGUCACUGCAACCUUUAUGACAAACAUUUGUCGCUUGGAAUAUCAGCAGACGACAUUUUAACGUCUGAAACAACACCAAACAUAACGAUUAUAGAACCUCAAAGUGAUAAAUGUGGCGGUCACGGUUCAGUCGAUUCAUGCGGACAAUGUAAGUGCGAUCCAGGAUACUAUGGGCUGAGAUGUGAAUGUGAUGGUAGAAUUGGAAUGACGACCGAAUCAGCUAUACAACCAUGCAUUAGACCAGGUUCAACAAAUGGAUAUAUGUGUUCUGGAAGAGGAGAUUGUGUUUGCGGUAAAUGUCAGUGUUUUCAUACCCGUGCUAAUUCAAUGACACGUUAUUCUGGUCAAUUUUGUGAGUGUGAUGAUUACUCGUGUUCUUACAGUAACAACAUCAUGUGUGGAGGACACGGUCGAUGUGUAUGUGGUGAAUGUCAAUGUGACCCUGGUUAUUCUGGCGAGGCAUGUGAUUGCACGACAGACACGAGCAUGUGCAAGUCAAGUAAUGGAUUGCUAUGCAAUGGACAUGGUAGUUGCAUGUGUGGAGUGUGUGUUUGUGAAGGAACAUUUAGAGGACCAAAGUGUGAGGACUGUCCUAUCCAGGAACAGGAAUUUGCUAGUGAACUUUGUUCGUAUAGUGGUACAAACAUGUGCGGUCACUGUGUAUGCAAUGUAGGCCACUUUGGCAAGGCGUGUGAAUGUGACGUCACAUCCGGAAUGAUGACCGAAGAAGAAGUGAUGCGCCAGUGUAUAAGUCCAAAUUCAACAACUGGGGUAAUGUGUUCUGGGAGAGGAGAAUGUAUUUGUGGAUUUUGUAGUUGUCUCCCUUUACGACCUCAAUCAUCACAAGUUUACUCUGGUCAGUUUUGUGAAUGCAAUGAUUACUCAUGUUCCUACAGUAACAACCGAAUGUGUGCAGGACACGGGCGGUGCUUUUGCGGACAAUGUGAUUGUGAACCCGGCUAUACCGGUGAGGCUUGCGACUGUCCUACAUCAUCUGAUUCCUGUAUGGCCAGUAAUGGAAUGGUAAGACUGUUCUUGAUUUAUUUAUUGCAUGUGACACGACAACAUAGUUCAUUAUGACAUUUCUUACUU